UGUCGCACAGUUUUCUUUGAAACUUUGUAUGCACAGUCGCUCGCGUGCCAUUCAUCUAUCGCCAACAACAACAUUAGCAAACAGUGAGAGAUGGCACCUACGGGAGAUGGCUUUGAGAUGGAGUCCGCGGCUUUGGCCCGACGGCAGGCGCUGAUUGGGGCAGCUGGCCCUAUGGCGCUUUUUAGAAAUCUCAAGGUCUUCGGAAUCGCUUGUUUUGCGUGCCUUGGUGGCUUGUUGUAUGGAUACAACCAGGGCGUCUUUUCUGGUGUUCUGACGAUGACGUCCUUCAAAGAGCACAUGGGCUCAUACAUCGAGGAUCAGGAGACUUUGACCUGGAAUUCUUCCAAGCAAGGAUGGCUUGUGUCUAUACUCGAGCUCGGUGCUUGGUUCGGAACAAUGUAUAGCGGCUUUCUAGCCGAGAUCCUCUCUAGGAAGUACGCGAUACUUGUAAAUGUUGGCGUUUUUAUAAUUGGAGUGGUGAUUCAGACCACAGCAGUCGCAGGUUCGGGUCACAGUUCAAUAUUGGGCGGUAGGUUCAUUACAGGUAUGGGUGUUGGAUCUUUAUCGAUGAUCGUACCUAUGUAUAAUGCGGAAAUCGCGCCACCGGAGUUUCGAGGCGCUCUUGUCGGAUUGCAGCAACUGUCCAUUACUCUGGGUAUCAUGAUUAGUUUUUGGAUCGACUAUGGCACUAACUAUAUUGGAGGCACAGGUAGAAGUCAGCACGACACCUCCUGGCUUCUUCCCCUGUGUCUGCAGCUUGUUCCCGCUGUCCUACUAGGAGUCGGCAUGAUUUUCAUGCCCUUUUCGCCUAGGUGGCUCACUCAUCACGAUCGAGAAGGAGAAGCAGUCCGAGUAUUGGCAAAAUUACGAAACCUACCCCAGGAUCAUGAAUUGAUUGAGAUCGAGUUCGCUGAGAUCAAAGCGCAGUCACUCUUCGAUAAGCGAACUCUGGCAGAGAAGUUUCCUCACUUAAAAGAAUCAACUUGGGUCAAUGUACUCAAACUGCAAUUUGUAGCCAUUGCUUCACUGUUCAAGUCCAUGGCCAUGUUCAAGCGGGUCAUCGUCGCCACGCUUGUCAUGUUUUUCCAGCAAUGGAGUGGUAUCAACGCAAUCUUAUACUACGCACCGACCAUUUUUGGAGGGCUGGGACUGACGUCCAACUCGGUUUCAUUACUUGCUACAGGAGUAGUUGGCAUUGCCAUGUUCAUUGCGACGAUUCCAGCUGUCAUGUAUGUCGACAAAUUUGGACGUAAGCCUGUCCUGAUUAUCGGAGCCAUUGGAAUGGCGGUCUGUCAUAUCAUUAUAGCCGUCAUCACCGCAAAGAACCAACAUGAUUGGCCGUCGCAUCAGGCUGCCGGUUGGGCAGCUGUCGCUAUGGUCUGGCUUUUCGUCGUCCAUUUCGGAUACUCUUGGGGGCCAUGCGCUUGGAUUGUAAUAGCAGAGAUCUGGCCUCUUUCGAACAGGCCAUAUGGCAUUGCAUUAGGUGCAUCCUCCAAUUGGAUGAAUAAUUUCAUCGUCGGCCAGGUGACCCCUGAUAUGCUUUCGAGCCUCACAUAUGGAACAUACAUAUUCUUUGGACUCCUCACUUUUCUCGGCGCGGGCUUCGUCUGGUGGUAUGUACCAGAGACAAAAGGCCUCACUUUAGAAGAGAUGGACAUCCUUUUUGGAAGCGAAGGUAUCGCCGCAGCAGACAAGGAAAGAAUGAAGGAGAUCGAACAGGAGGUUGGGUUGAACAAUCUCCUUGGUUCAAACGUGCAGCAGGAAAUCGCUUCGCAGUAG